AUGCCUAAAAUUGGUCAGAAGUGACUUGAGGUAGCUAAGGUUUUAUCCUGUGUUGUAAAAUUAAAAUUUAGCAUUGAAAAGAUACCAUCAUUUAUAAGAAAUAGUCCAAAACUUCUCUCAAAUUUUAUAUUUUUCAGGUUUAAUAGUAAUCUAAAUAUUAUGAUCAAUUUUUGAUUAUUAGCAUUUAUUUCUAUUAAAUAAUGUGCAUUGUCUUUUAACUCUAGAUUAUUUAUUAUUUACUAAUAAUUAUGAUAAGAAACAGACUCAAAACAAGCUCAUCAGUGAUCGACGUAAACGAAGAUAUACUUUUAAUUACCAAUAGGGACGAUUAUUAAUUUAUCCAAGAUUUACUGAUUAUUCAUAGAAAAGUACUAUAAACUUCGAAAGCUUCAAAAAGAGUUUCUAAGAGGCCAUAAUAGGAUAAGAAUCUCUACUAACUCCUCCCUUUAAAAUUGGAACAACUAUAGAUAAAUUUCCAUUUUUUAGGUAAUUAACUCCCUUUAAAUUGAACACAGUUUUAUGUUUUUAAUAGAAAAUUUAUAGAUAAAAGUACCCUUUUUUAUAUGUAUGUUUUCGACCUAGUUUAACUGAAGGAAUGCAGGCUGAAUAAUAUUUAAACGAUAAAUUAAUUGAUAAAAAUAAAAUACAUGUGCCCAAUUUAUAUUUUUAAAAUAUUUUAUUAAAAAACAUGUUCCCUCUUUAAAUUGGAACAGAAUUUCAAAUUUGAAGGGGAGUAAAAAAGUUGCGAAAAGUGAGCGACAAAGCCCAGCUGUAGUUAGCUCAGCCAGUCAGCUUCCUAAGCCUUAUGAAGUCUUACAAAAUUAUUUAAAAAAGCGAAACAUAGAGAACCAAGAAUCAAGCCCAUCUCGAGAAGUAAACACUUCCCGAAAAGGAUUUGGUUCUACUGCAAAACUGCAUGCAAAACCUACUCACAGGCGAAUUUACUCUGAUCAAUUUCAAAAUGGUUUUAAUAUCCCAUUAAAGCAAGAACCUGAAGAAAAUCCACAAAAUUUCCCUAUUAAUCUUGUAAGAGUAAGCCCACCAAAAAUAUUUAAAUUAUUAAUAUAAUUUAUUUCUAAAUUUAUUUUUUUAAAAAAAUUCCUCACCAAAAACAGACGCAAGAAAAAAAUCGUUUUUCGAUUUAAAUCUCACUCCUCGAAAAAAAUCUCCACUGAACGCUUCAAAACAAAAUUCAAUUAAUUCAUCUACUUCAGAGCUCCAAAUUGAAGAAGAAACUCGAGAAAAGCUUAUCCAGUACAUUUCCUCAUAUUUCAGAAAGCAUUUAGAAGAACCUACCACUUCUUUAGAAUUUUAUCAAGUUGGCGAAAUGAUUGGAAAAGGGGCUUUUGGAAGAGUAAUGCUAGGGGUUCACAAUCUGACUGGGUAUAAAGUAGCACUUAAAGCUAUAGAAAAAAUCCACAUGAAAAAUGAAGACUCCAGAAGGAAAGUUUUGCAUGAGGUACUAAUUUUGAAAAAAGUUCGACAUAAAAGGGUGAACAGAAUUCUCGAAGUUUUUGAAUCCUCAAAAUUUUUUUUAUAGGGAAAUUAUAUGGAUUUUAGAUUAUACUUAUAAGGAUGUUGGAAAUCUAAUUUUCUAAGUUUUAUGGGAAAAUAAGUAUUAAUAACUAAAAAAGCCUAGGCACUUUGCCAUAAAAGGCAUAUUAAUUGAGAAUUAUAAACUUUUAUAGCCUAAAAUAUACCAUAAAGUAGCAUAUAUUGUUAUGGAAUAUGCAGGUGGUGGAGAUCUCCUCCAUUUUGUAAAAAGAAAAGGCAAAAUACUAGAAGGAGAAGCCAAAAGAAUUUUUAGACAAAUUCUUGAAGGGGCUAUAGCGAUCCAUUCUCAUGGUAUCAUUCAUAGAGAUUUCAAGCUUGACAAUAUUUUAAUAGACUCAGAUUAUUCUUCUGUCAAAAUUUGUGAUUUUGGAGUAAGUCGUUCUAUCAAGAAAGGAGAUAUACUAUGCUGAUCAAUUUUAUAUAAAAAUAUCAUGACUGCAGGCUUAUUCUUAUUGAAAAUAAGCUAAAAUAUUCCAAUUUAUACAAAUUUAAUACAGAUAUAAAAUUAUAUAAUAAAUGAGCAAUGCGGAACACCAGCUUAUCUGGCCCCAGAAAUGAUAAUUGGGAGAGGAUAUGAAGGAGUUUCAGUUGAUAUCUGAAGCUUAGGAGUCCUAUUAUAUGCAAUGCUGUGUGGAACAGUUCCAUUUAAAGCCAAAAAUUUGAAUGACUUGCAUAAGUUGAUUUUAUUAGGAAAAUAUAAUAUUCCUGACCAUAUCUCAGAAGAAGCAAAAGACUUAAUUUCAAAAUUUUUGACAGCGAUACCACAAUAUAGAAUUACACUGAGAGAAGCUUUGGAGCAUAGAUGGUUUUACACGGAAGAUACAGAGCCUGAAGCUCCCAAGCCAAGAUUUUCAGAUAUUCAGACAGAAAGAGACUUACACCCACUUUAAAUCAGAAAAAAUAUGAUAAAAUCUACCUUUUUUCUGAAGUAAAUCUAUUAAAAUUGGUAUAGAUAGGCGCUCUAAAAUUUUUUUUUACUUAUAAACAUAUACUUUUUUCUAUAAAAUAUUUAUUUUAAAAAUUAAAAUUGGAAAACAUUAUUGUUCUAAAUAAUUGAGUUAGAAAAAAUAAAUGAAUCAAUUGUAUCACAUGUAUCUAAAUUUGGAUACCCAAGAAGCUACCUAAUUAAUGCAUUACAGAAUGGAGAUCUCAAUCAUUCAACUGCAUCAUAUUAUAUCUUGCAAGAAAAUGCAUUGAAAUUGCAAGCCUUGAAUUCAUAA